GGCAAGGGGCCGCCGUCCAAGAUGGCGGCUUCCAUCUCGGGCUACACCUUCAGCGCCGUCUGCUACCACAGCGCCAACAGCAACGCCGACCACGAAGGAUUCUUGCUGGGAGAGGUGAGACAAGAGGAGACGUUUAGCAUUAGCGAUUCGCAAAUCAGCAACACAGAAUUUCUGCAAGUAAUAGAGAUCCACAACCAUGAGCCCUGUUCGAGACUCUUCAGCUUCUACGACUACGCGGGCAAGGUUAAUGAAGAGAGUCUGGACAGGAUCCUCAAAGAUCGAAGAAAGAGCGUGAUUGGCUGGUACCGAUUUAGGCGAAACACACAGCAGCAGAUGUCCUAUCGAGAACAGAUCGUGCAUCGCCAGCUGACCCACCUCCUGGGCGUGCCCGACCUCGUCUUCCUGCUCUUCAGCUUCAUCUCCACAGUCAAUAACUCCACCCACGCCCUGGAGCACGUGCUCUUCAGGCCGAACCGCAGGUAUAAUCAAAGGGUGUCGCUCGCGAUCCCCAAUCUAGGCAACACUAGUCAGCAGGAGUACAAAGCCUCUUCGGUGCCAAACACUUCUCAAACCUAUGCCAAAGUUAUCAAAGAACACGGUACUGAUUUUUUUGAUAAAGAUGGAGUGAUGAAGGACAUCAGGGCUAUUUAUCAGGUUUAUAAUGCACUUCAGGAAAAAGUUCAGGCGGUCUGCGUAGAUGUAGAAAAGAGCGAGCGGGUCGUGGAGUCCUUUCAGGCAGACGUAAACAAAUUAAAAAGGCGAAUCGUUCAGAGGAAAAGCGAAAAGGAGCAAGAGAUGAGAGUGCAGCGAGCCCCGCUCACCCGCCCGGCGGAGAGCCCGGGGCCCGCCUUCGGGCGUUCGGCGGCGGAGAGCCCGGGGCCCGCCUUCAGGCGCCCGGCGGCCCCGUUUUCCGGGUUUGCGGGGGACGGCGGCUCCAGGGGCGACGCCGACGCUUCCGGGCCUCCCCCGCCUCCUCUCCCUCCUCCGCCGCCGCCGCCGCCGCCGCCGUAUUCGGAUUUCCACCUGACCGGUCCGGAGAGCCUGCUGAGCGCUUCCCUCCCGGAGGGCAACGUGUUCAUGCCUCGCCCCCAGGCCGUGGGCUCCUCCAACUACGGCUCGACCGGCGCGGGCGCCCGGCCCGCCGGAGACGCCCCGGCCCCGCCGACGGCCGAAUGCCGAGACGGUGACUCCGAGACCUCGCUCCAGCGCCCGGAGUCCUCCGGCAGCGAGUCCUCCCGGGCCAAGGAGCCCCGGGCGGGCACGCGCUCCGACGGGGACCCCGGGGGCCCGCCGAGAGCCCAGGUUUAGCGCCGCCCACGGGACUCUCAGCCCGGGCCCCGGACCCCGGACCCGGCGCUGGGACGGCCAGAGUUUUUCGAGGCGCGGAUCUGGACGGGCGUUUCCCAGAGAGACUCCGAGAGGAGGGUCGCUGCGCCCCGGACGCCGGAGAGGGCUCGCGCCCGGACGGCUCGUUUCCGCUCAGAGACACGGUUUGCGAGUCUCACGGUGGAAUCCUUAGGAUAAUCAAGUUAUACUCACUCAUCCUGAAGAAGUUCACGGGUGGACAGGGAAGUGAAGUCCAGAUGAAGUUUAGGAAGACCCUCUUGGUUUUGUGACCCCGUUUCCCGUAAGCCAGAUUGGAAUUCCGAGACCGAAGCACAAUUAGUCUAUAAACGUUCUCCGAGAUCAAAACUUUACCUCUUGCACUAUCAUGCCUUGAAGUUUCAUUUUUGGAAGAGAGGCGGGUCGGCGACCGCCUCGAAAGAGACGUUCCGCGGUGAAGCCAAAGUCACCUCUGCUAGAAAAGAGUCGGGGCCAUUCCAGGGAAGCUGAUCGGAACGAGUCCGACCCACUCCUCCCGACCGCGUGACCUUUGGACGCUGCGAGCGGAGGGUUUCGUCUCGACCUUUGUCCUCGCGUAACACGUGUAUCACUUCAGA